AUGGCAGAUUGGUCACCGAAGUAUCUCGAUCUCACUAGCAGAUCUGUUACAACUUACCACCAAGAUGCAUCCAGAAAAGAGAGCCAAAUCCACUGUCGAACGAGCUACCGCAACACCAAGAGAACGGGAAGAGAAAUCGUGGAUGAGAAAAAUAGAUCUGAGCCACCACACCACAUAUUCGACAUCUCCUUGGCAAGCCGAAGACUAUACACGAACGGUGAGAGCUGCGUCGUCGAUGAACGCGGUUCCUCGUCCAUGGCUGGCUCCGAUUCCACCAACGAGAUCUCUCGAAUCGAAGAAACCUCACCCCGUCUGACAACCGAGAAGAAAGAAACGAAAAAAUGA